AUGUUUGACACCGCGCCCGAGAAUGGCGGGCGCCCCAUCCAAUGGUUCCGCCGGUGCUUUUUGUUCAAGUGGUUCGCGAAGUACUUCCCUGUGACGCUACACAAGACUGCGGACCUCGACCCGAGUCGUAGGUAUCUAUUUGGAUAUCACCCGCAUGGUAUUUUUGGAUUGGGCGCUGUGAAUUCGUUCGCCGGGGAGGGCUGUGGCUUCUCGAAGCUAUUUCCAGGUAUCACGCCGCAUCUCUUGACGCUACAAAACAACUUCAAUGUUCCCUUUUACCGCGACUUUCUUAUGGCUGCUGGCUGUGCGUCAGUUUCUCGGAAGAGUUGUAUGAACAUCUUGAACAAAAAACCCGGCAACUCCAUCACCAUUGUGGUGGGUGGUGCCCAGGAGAGUCUCGCUGCGCAUGCGGGAUACAUGGGCCUGACGCUCAAGUCCCGCUUGGGAUUCGUCAAGGUGGCCCUGCGCACAGGGUACGCCGCUAGCACUUACGACAGGGCCGACCUCGUGCCGGUAAUCGGCUUCUGCGAGAAUGACAUGUUUGACCAAGCGGACAACAGGCGAGACACCUGGCUGUACUGGACGCAGCAGCAGCUGAAGCACGUGCUGGGUUUCACUACGCCGAUCUUUAUUGGAAGGGGCUUGACGCAUCCCUACUAUGGAUGGUUGCCGUACCGUGUGCCCAUUCAUGUCGUUGGUGCGCCCUCUUCGAGUGUGUAUAUGCGAGCUAACUGCAGAAUUUGGGAUGAGUACAAAGACAAGUAUGCGCCAUUUCGUAUUGGCGAGAUGCGCCUGCUGCACUAG